AUGGUCAAAAUCAUCAUCUCCUCCGUCCUGGCCGUUCUGAGCCUUGCCAGCACCGUUACCGCCACCACCUACGCGCAAUUCUGUAACGACCAGCACUGCACCGACAGCUGCGGCAUUUCAGUUUCGGUCGACAACCCCGGAUGCUUGCAGGAGUAUGGCCGCGGCAGCAUCAAGUUUCACGGCACCAACUUCGUUGACUCCAACCUUAUCUACUCCCCCGAUGACCACUGCAGCUGCCAGAGCCAUUGCCAACGUGUCGUAAACGACCUGGACACCGCUAUUGAGGCCUGUACACCGCUCACUGGCCCCUCCUCAUCAUCAUUCCGCUUUGUUUCCGACCAAGCUUGCGACCCGGACAACUGCUAG